CCCAAACCAGCAGAUCAUCAUCGCGCCGUGCCCACGCCGCAUAGAUAUUCGAGGACUUGCGAGCUGCGACCUGCGACCUGCGACCUGCGUCUGCCUGCUGAGUGCUGAGCCUCGGAACCCAAUCAAGCCAGACCAUCCGCCUUUCAAAUCUCGCGCCCAUUGGUUCUCUCUGCCAUUACACAGCUCGCCUUCAGAAUGGCGCCCGACGAGAUGGAAAUCGACGAGGCCGUCCCGCCCCAGGCCCCGGGAAACAACAGCAGCAGCAGCAACAACGACAUCAGCGCCGCGAAGCUUGCCGCCAUGCAGACGCGAACCAAAGCCACCGCCGUCCGAUCCAUCGAGGGCUGGAUCGUGAUGGUGACCAACGUGCACGAGGAGACCGACGAGGAGGCCAUCCACGACAAGUUCGGCGAGUUCGGCGAGAUCCGCAACGUGCACCUGAACCUGGACCGCCGGACGGGCUAUGUCAAGGGCUACGCGCUGAUCGAGUACACGACACUGGAGGAGGCGCGCGCGGCAAUCGACGGCGCCAACGGCACCCAGCUGCUGGACCAGACCGUGCAGGUGGACUUUGCCUUCGUGCGGCCCCCGCCGGGCAAGGCCAUCGCGCGGCCGGGCGGCGGCGGCGGCGGCGGGGGCGGGCCAGUGCGGGGGUCGAAUCGCGGGGCGCGAAGCGGCCGGAGUCGAAGCCGGAGUCCGGGGGCGCCUAAGGAGGACGUCCUGUGAGAUGAUCGCUGGGCCGAGCAACACAAUCCGCAUUGCUGUUUGAGCUGAAGAUCCGCCGGGAAGUGUGGAUCGGGGGGUUGCAGAGGUGAACCGAUCCUCUUCCAGCGAAGACUGGCCGAUGUGUCUUCUUCUCGAGGGUCAAAAGACACGUCGGCAUCUUGCCGUGAUAGACUGAUGGACUUAAAAGCCAAACUUGCACCAUGUCCUGAUUGGUGAUGGAUGAUAUUUUGCAUUGGUCAAUGCUAAGCCUGAUCUCUGGCACCAAGUAGUCAGGAGUAUACGGCACAGAAGAAUCUACGCAGGGCCACUGGUUGGCACCAGUUCU